UCAGUUUCCGUUCAACUGUGUUCCGGAAGUGCUAGUUCUGUCUGGGGCGUGUUGAACAAGUUUUCAGUUGUUGUUGUUGUUGUUGUUGUUGUUGUUGUUGUUGAUGGUCAUGAUGAUGAUGGUAAAAGGUCAGAAUUGAUGUGAAUGUGUGAGCUGUGAUGUGCAGUGAUGAACGGCAGCUUGAACCCGACUCUGGAUAAAGAGGAGCACGUGUUAAAGCUCGGGGAGAGUUUCGAGAAGAAACCGAAAUCAUCGUUUCACACCGUCAGAUAUGAUUUUAAACCUGCAUCCAUAGACACAUCUUGUGAAGGAGAGUUACAAGUAGGAAAAGGAGAUGAGGUCACCAUCACAUUACCACACAUACCAGGCUCCACUCCACCGAUGACGGUGUUUAAGGGCAACAAGCGGCCGUAUCAGAAAGACUGCGUUCUGAUCAUCAAUCAUGACACCGGAGGGUUUAUGCUGGAAAAGCUCAGCAGCAGCAUACAGGUCAAGAAAACAAGAGCUGAGGGCAGCAGUAAGAUCCAAGCUCGCAUAGAGCAGCAGUCAGUGAGAGCCAACCAGCCGUCAUCACAGUUCCGAGCCCCCAUCAAACCAGGAGCCGGCCCCAAAACCUCACCGAGUAAAGACAACCCAUCACCUGAGCCUCACCUGGAUGAUAUCAAGCGAGAGUUGCGGGCGGAGGUGGACAUCAUUGAGCAGAUGAGCAGCAGCGGCAGCAGCUCCUCAGACUCCGGCAGUGGCUCAGGCAGCGGUGACGACAGCUCCUGCAGUGAUGGAGAACAGGACAAUCACAUCUCUCCCGGCAGGAAUAAUAUGGCCAAUGGCACAAGCAAACCCCAGGGCAGCAACCAGCUGAUGAACACACUGAGAAAUGAUCUUCAGCUGAGUGAAUCGGGCAGUGACAGUGAUAUGGACUGAUCGUCUCUAUGAUGUCCUGCUGUUUCACAUGAAGAGGGACGUGUGCAUUCAGUGUUUCAUGUAUGUUGUAAUAUCAGUGGUUUUAUCUUUAGUUUAACAGGAAGAUGUUCUAGAAGGUCUGGAGAAGAAAGCUUUUUAGAUGUGUAUGUAGAUUUGGUUUUAGUGAUUGUGUAAAUCUUUGUUAUCCAAAACCUAUUGCACUGUUUGGUUUUAAAUGUUCAUUGUUUAUUUUAUCAAGUUAUAUAUCAAGUUCAUUGGUCACAUGUUUGUUUUUCUGUGAUUAUUGGGACAUUUGGCAACACCUAAAGCAGUCCGAUCUUUGAUUCUUUUUUGUUGUUGAGGUCAAAUACAGAUGAUGUCAUUAUUAUUUUCAAACCUUAAUUAAUAAUUUUAUUUUCAUUUGUCAAAGGCUGAUUUUGGAGUUUUACUGCGUCAACCAAUAUUGAUGUGUAUCGGAAUACAGUGUGUAAGAUGAUUCAAUGUAAUGUGUAUUAACAUAGGCGUAAUUAUGAUUAUUUGAUGUCUUGCUGCCAAAUACAGAAAAAGAUGAAAAUAUUCAAAGCAGAAAUAUCUUGUGUGUAUAUAUAUAUAUAUAUGUGUGUGUAUUUUUCACAUACAUGUUAAACCAACAAAACAGAAAUGUAUGGAACAGAUUUGAUGUUAACAAACUCUGACCUUUCGCUAACAUAAAGCAUAAAUAUGAAGGGGGAGCUCAUACACGCUCAAUAAACUCAAACGACUGCAGUUCUUUUCAAUUGAA